AUGAUGGUGAUGACGAUGAUGGUGGAAGAGCGGAUGGUGUUGUCGAAAGUGGAUGGAGGGCCAAAGCGCACAGCGAUGGCGAAACGCGCGGGAUCGGAUGUCCGGCUCGAAAAGCAGCCGCUCGAGCCGACGUCGCUCGAUUUAACAUCUAAGUUCAAAUCUGAAGGACCUCCACGUCGAACACUUUCUUCUCGACGAGCACGGACCCUUUCCUGCUUGCUGCUCGACUACCUUCAACGACGAUCCACCACCUUGCCCCGAGGUCUCUGUGACCGCUCAUUAAAGGCAGCAACGAUGGACUUCGAAUCCAUACCGCCGAUCACAGGCGCCUGGGGGGCCCUCACCCUAGCGACCGCGCUGCUCGAACACACGCACACCAUCUCGUCCUACCAGCUUUUCUACACACCUUCGCUCGUCUUCCGCAAGUUCCAACUGUGGCGUCUCCUCACCACCUUCCUCUACUUCGGUCCGCUAGGUCUCGAUUUUGUCUUCCACCUGUUCUUCUUCAUGCGCUACUCACGCAUGCUCGAGGAGAACUCCUUCAUCCGCCCUGACCACCAUCACAACACAGAUUCCCGACCAUCGUCCUCUCUCGAGCCUUCAUUGGCUCGACGUCGGCUACUCACGAUGGCGGACAAACCCAACAAGCUCGCCUUCCUGUCCAUGCAAGCGCCGGCUGGUUACGUCGCUGGUCUAGGUCGUGGUGCCUCCGGAUUCACCACACGUGCCGAUAUCGGUCCCGCCCGUCUCGCCGCUUCCACAUCCAAAUCUAAGAACGAGGAAGAUGAAGCAGACGAUGGCGAUGACGACGAUGGAGGACCGGGACGAGAGGAGGAGGGACAAUUUCAAGAUCCAGAAAACGAGACUGGCUUGUUUGCCGGUGCGGUUUACGAGAAGGACGAUGAGGAGGCGGAUAGAAUUUGGGACGCGGUCGAUGCCAAGAUGGACCUGAGGAGAAAGAAGUUCCGCGAAGCAAGAGAAAAGGAGGAGAGGGAGAAGGCGAGAGCGGAGAAACCACAGAUCAGCAGUCAGUUUGCGGACCUCAAGAAGGGGUUGAGUAGUGUCACUGAGGAUCAGUGGGCGUCGCUGACCGAGUCGGGAAGUGUAACAGGCAAGAAACGCAAGGCAGCAGCGAAACGAGAAGCGAGGAACACAAGAUCUUUUGCGAUAUCGGACACAAUCUUGACCGGAAACCGCGAUAGGAAUGCCGUCGAGUCAGCGCUCAGCACCGACCAGAUGCAAGAUGCAGACAGCGCAGGAGGCGGCAUCACCUCCCUCGCCGAAAUCGGGGAAGCCAGAAACAAGAUCUUCACCCAUCAACUCGAUGCAGCCUCCCACUCCGGCACAUCCACCUCAAUCGACCCGAAAGGGUAUCUCACCGAACUCUCCUCCACCGUCAUCAAAAGCGAUGCCGAGAUAGGAGACAUCAAGAAAGCUCGCUCGCUCCUCGAUUCCGUCAUCAAAACCAACCCAUCCCAUGCGCCAGGAUGGAUCGCAGCAGCCCGAGUCGAAGAAGUGGCCGGGAAACUAUCCAACGCACGCAAGAUCAUCCAACAGGGAUGCGACCACUGUCCCCGAUCGGAAGACAUCUGGCUGGAAGCCGCACGACUCUCCUCCAAGGAGAACGCAAAAGUGAUUCUGGCGCGGUCGAUCCAGUACGUUUCGCAGUCGGUCAAUAUCUGGUUGAAAGCCGUAGAGCUCGAGACCGAUACCGAAAGCAAGAAGCGAGUCCUACGCAAGAGUCUCGAGUACAUUCCGGCGAGCGUCAAGCUUUGGAAGGAGUUGGUCAAUCUGGAAGAGAAUCCGGAGGAUGCGAGGAUACUGUUGAGCGGCGCAGUUGCAGCUGUGCCGAUGAGCAUCGAUUUGUGGCUGGCGUUGGCGAGGCUGAGCGGCGAGCAAGACGCCAAGAAGGUGUUGAACGAGGCGAGGAAGACGAUCCCUACGAGUCAUGAGAUCUGGAUUGCCGCGGCGAGGUUGUUGGAGGAGACGGAGCGCGACGAGGUCAAAGUGGAAAAGACGGUGGCGGCGGCGGUGAAGGCGUUGAGGAAAGCGGGAGUGGAGUUGUCCAGAGAUCAGUGGAUGGCUGAGGCCGAGAGGGUGGAGAAGGAAGGUAGUCCCAUGGUGUGUGGUGCCAUCGUGAAGGCGACGAUAGAGUUGGAUCUGGAGGAGGAGGACAAGAGGGCGGUGUGGGUGGAAGACGCACAGUCGGCAUUGGAAAAGGGUUGCAUCGAAGUGGCGAGAUCCAUCCUGGCGUACACGCUGAGGGUGUUCCCGGAUCGACCAGCGAUCUGGACCCAAGCUAUCGCACUCGAACAGCGACACGGGGACCUUUCUUCCACGACAUCCUUGCUCGAACGAGCAGUCACGUCCUGUCCCAAAGCAGAGGACCUCUGGCUCACCUACGCCAACAUCCACAGCGAAGCGAACGACAUCACCUCCGCUCGGAAGGUCCUCAUCAGGGCGUUCGACGCCAACAUCGGAAGCGAGAAGAUCUCUCUUGCUGCGGCACAACUCGAAUCGUCCAACGGUCAACUCGUCGCCGCGGGCAAGCUGUUGGAGCGAGCACGCGUCGAAGUCGACACCGCUAGGGUAUGGAUGAAGAGCGCUGUGUUCGAACGGGAUCACGGAUCGCUCGAGAAGGCGUUGAAGCUUGUCGAUGAAGCCUUGAUCAAGUUCCCGCAGUUCGACAAGCUUUACAUGAUCGGUGCACAAGUCUCGCAAAUGCUCUACACCUCCGAAGACGCCAUCAAGAAAGCUCGAGAGUACCUGUCUCGAGGAACACGAUCCUGCCCCACCUCUUCGCCACUCUGGAUCCUCUCCUCCCGACUCGAAUCCUCCGCCGGCCUCACCAUCCGUUCCCGCGCCAUCCUCGAACGAGCCCGACUCCUCAACCCCUCCUCCCCCACCAUCUGGUACGAAUCCAUCAACACCGAGCUGCACUCCACUCCACCCAACCCCACUCAAGCACGAACCCUCCUCUCUCGUUCUCUCCAGACCCUCCCUACAUCCGGUCUUCUCUGGUCGCUCGCCAUCUCCCUCGAACCGCGGUCCUCGCGCAAAACAAAGAUGACCGACGCCCUCAAGAAAACCUACGACGACAGCUACGUCCUUUGCACCGUAGCACAACAGUUUUGGCUGGAGUCGAAAAUCCCGCAGGCACGAAAAUGGUUCCUUCGAGCCAUUCAUUCCGCCCCUCACAUCGGAGAUCACUACGCCGUCGCCUACAAGUUCGAACUCCAACACGGAUCUCCCGAAGACAGACAAGCAAUUAUCGAUCUAGUCCUCCAGAACAAACCCUCCCACGGACUCAUCUGGCCUUCCAAACAAAAACACCCCCAAAACCUCAACAAACCCAUAACCCAGAUCUUACCCCUAGUAGCACAAGCAAUCACUCCCAUGAAGUAA